AGCAGCUCCUGUCUGUGCAACACCCUUUCAGAGUACUCUCGCCAGUGUGUGCAUGCAGGGGGGAAGCCCCAGCAAUGGAGGACAGCCCAGUUCUGCCCAAAGUCAUGCCCUUCCAACAUGGAGUACCAGGAGUGUGGAAUCCCCUGUGUUGACACCUGCUCGAACCCAGACAGGCGCCAGCUGUGUGAAGACCACUGCACCGAUGGCUGCUUCUGUCCCCCAGGCACUGUUAUCGAUGACAUCGGACAUGGUGGAUGUAUCCCAGUUCAUCAGUGUUCCUGCAGCCAUAAUGGAAAAGAAUAUAGUCCUGGAGAAUCGUACACAACCAGCUGCAAAGAAUGUGCCUGUUCUGGGGGUCAGUGGAGCUGUCAGGACCUUGAUUGCCCAAAAACCUGCUCUGUGAACGGAGGUUCACACAUCACCACCUACGAUGGCAAAGCCUACACCUUCCAUGGAGACUGUUCCUAUGUCCUCACAAAGCCAUGUCACGGGAGCAAUUUCACAGUGCUGGGGGAUCUCGUGAAGUGCGGGCUGACCGACACUGAGACCUGCCUCAAAGCUGUUACCCUGGCCAUCUCAGGAGGGACCACCGUAUUCACAGUCGAAUGGAGUGGAAAUGUCUUCAUGAACACAAUGAAGACCCAACUGCCUCUUUUAACAGAUGCUGUGAGCAUCUUCAUGCCAACUUCGUUCUUCCUCAUCAUCGAGACCUCCUUUGGACUUCAGCUGAAGAUUCAACUCACUCCGAUCAUGCAGGUCUACAUCACAGCCAGUUCUGAAAACAAAGGAAUGACUUGUGGACUGUGUGGGAACUUUAACGGCAUCCAGGCUGAUGACUUCAGGACCACCUGUGGGCUGGUGCAGGGCACGCCUGUGGCUUUUGCCAACACCUGGAAGACACGCGCUCAGUGCCCCAAUGUGCACAGCAGUUAUGAAAACCCCUGCAGUCUGAGUGUGGAUAAUGAGAAAUAUGCGCAGUAUUGGUGCUCAAUGCUAUCAGAUCCAGAGGGACUGUUUGCCCCAUGCCAUGCAGCGAUAAACCCGGACAUUUACAGAGCU